GGGCGCUCUACCUACUCAGCAAUGGCAGCAUCAUACACGUCCGUAUAACAAUAAGUGACCUCCCAAGAUGGCGUCAUUCAAAGGAUGUGUGGUUUCUGUAUUUGUUUUUUAAACAUAGUAGACCUGCCGCCCGAAGAAUAUGGAGAUCAAAUCUGGGGAAGAAGUCGGCAGUGAGAAUCCCGUCCGCCUGUUUGAGCUAAGUGGGGCGGUAGUCAGCUCCAUCAUGGGACAAGUUGAAAAAGAAGUUUGGGAACUUCCAGGUCCUAUACUCCAGGGUAUCUUGCCUCUAUUGAACAUCUAUUAUCUGGAAAGAAUUGAAGAGACUGCUGUGAAAAAAGGACUCUCAACUGAACCAAUAUGGUGCAAGCUAUGGUUUGACAUCAUGAAAACAAGACCUUCUAGAUUAGAGAAUAUCAAGUGUUGGAGGAAGAAGUUCCUUGAAACUUUCUUCUCAAAUGUGCUGCGUGGGAUCUUGGAUGUGUCGUCACAUCAACGCUUGAGUGAUCCUUGUUUUUUGCCCCUGCUAUAUACUUCAAGGCAUAUAUCUGAGCUUACUAUUUACAAUAUGCUUGAUGGUGUCUCAGAGCUGAUGGCUCAACACAAUCGGUGUGUCCUUGAAAACUUGGCUAUUUCACUUAGAACUCUGACUUUCCGUCACCUCCUUUCCACCAAUCUGUCUACUAGACAUCAAUUGAGUUUAUUCCUUCAUCGUCUAAUUCAUCAUGGGGCAGUAAACUACCUAUCUAUGUACUCAUGGCCUGAUCCUGACCAAGCACUUCUAGCUCUCAUUUUGAAAAUGAGUGCUGGGAUUUGGAAUCCUAGUAAGACAUUAAUGAAUGCAGAAUUUUGCCAUCUGUGUAGAGACAAAUUGACUGAACAGAGCCAAAAGCUGGAUCAGGAAUGUAGGCCUCCUUUGGGUUCAGACCAACUGUUUCCUACAGCAACAUCUGGCCAAUUUAGCAAUAAUCAGUUGAGGAAUGUGAAAAUCUUGCCCAGUAUGUCUCAAGAAUUUUCCCUGGGCUUUGAAGAUGCUGGAGAGAUAUUCAGUACCAGCAAUAAAAGCUUUAGUGAACCAUCAGACUGCCAAUUGGGUAACAGUUCCUACAAAAGUCAUGGGCCACACAAUGCUAGCUCAGAAGAUUUUAGUGCUGAAGUAGCAUCUGUUAGCUUUCCCCCAACAAAUCCAUCUCAAGGCAGCCUUGCUUUGGGAAAAUCUCCGAAGAGGCGCAAAGCUGUAAUAACAAAGAAGCACAGCAUCCAUCAGAAAACUAGCAAUAUCACUACUGAGAUGGAAGACCUGUAUGAUUUUGUCUUCACAAUUGCAAAGGAAGAGGAGGAGAUGGCAUUCUAUCACAAAAUAAGGAAUGUUGACAGGGAAGAACAUUUUGAUAAUGAAUCCUCUUUCCCAGCAGAGGCUUCUAGUGUGACUGAUAAGGUUUCCUUAGGGGGAACCAGAACUAUUGGGAUCACUUCAAUGAAGAUAAUUAGCCAUUUUCGAAGCGUAUCCACAUUGGAAAUAUUCUCUGUCCCACUGACCAAGAAUACAUGCCAGAUGCUUGGUAACCUGUUGAGCUCUUGGGUAGCUUUAGAAAAGCUUAUUCUUACUUUGAAUGGCUUAGGCCUUGGUAUCUUCAGCAUCCUUUCUGGACUCCGAAUUCUUUCUCAGUGCAAUGAUUACUGCCUCCGUGUGGUACGCAUCAGUGAUAUGUUUGCUCAUGUUCCAUGUAUGAAUCUUGUCCAUUCUCUUUUGAGUGCUGUACCAUUGCUUCGGAUGCUUUUGGUCAGCUUUGAUCUCAAAACUGCAGCCGAGUGGAAUAGACUGGAAGAAGACAUGGGCUCAUCAUCCUUAGUAGAAAAAAUUCCAGAGACUUACCUGGAGCAGCUUGAGAUCAGAUUUCCCAGAGAACCUCUUCAAACAAGUCUCCUGGCACCUGUACUGAAAGCUUCAGGGUCUCUCAAGAGUUUUUCUCUAGACAGUGUUGCAAUUUCUUAUCCUCAAGAGGUUGGGCUACUCCUGCAAGCCCUCAAAGAAUAUAACCCAAACCUGAAGAAACUAAAUUUUCAUGAUGUCAACCUUUCUGAACAUUCAAAAGAAGUCCUCCUUAUUCUACAGAGCCCAAUUCUUCAAGAGAUCAGUUUUUCAUUUUGCCGACUGUUUGAAAACUGUACAGCUGAGCUUCUGACUGAAAUGAUUACUGCCAUGAAGAAGAAUUCAUCGCUAACGACCCUCAAACUCCCUGGAAAUAGACUUGGAAAUCAUAGAUUGAUUGCACUGGCUGACAUCUUUGCUGGAGAUUCAUCCUCUUCUAUCAGUCAUCUGGACAUAAGCUCCAACUGUAUUAAGCCUGAUGGGCUUCUGGAAUUCACCAAAAAGCUGGAAAGUUACACAGCUGAAUGCAGAGAAUGUAUCAAACUGACCAAACUGUGCCUCUAUCAGAAUUGGCUGGACCAGGAUGCUGUCACUGCUCAAGAAGCCCUUUCAAGACUAAAAGCUAUAUGCAAUGUAGUUAGUGAUGCAUGGGACUCAUCACAGGCCUUUGCGGACUACAUCAGUGUAAUGUAAGAAGUACAUUAAUGGGGAGUGUCUUCUAAUAAAUCUGCUUAACAUUU